AAAGGUUUCAAUAAGGCAACUUGCGACAUUCCCAGUGAAUUCGGGCGCAGUCGCAUAUUUUCAUAUCGUUGAAAAAGAACCAUCGAAAUCCCUUUUUUUCUAUCCUAUAUCCUCUUUUUUCAUCUUAUCUGGAACUCGCUUAUCUCCUUUUUUCUUUAUCAAAAGUUGACAUAUAUAUCUUUAUAUAUACACUAUCUGUUAAAGCAGUGUGAAUGUUGCCUCCAAAAGAAGCGAGGUUAAAGGAUGCCGUGGUAGGCUUGCACUGGGCUGCGGUCACCGGAAACCUUGGCCUCGUGAAAUUCACACUCGACCAUGGCGUUUCCAUUGAAUCCACCAUGAACGGCCUCUUGCCCUUACAAACGGCAUGUAUAAGCGACGCUAAUAUUGCCAUUGUACAAUACCUCAUUGACCGAGGCGCUCAGGUCAAUGCCCAAAAGUGGUCGAAAAAGCACUGCGCAGACAAGUCACAAACGGCUUCAGGUGCAAUAGGUGCUACCGCUCUUCAUGUCGCCUGCACUAACGGUUGCACCCGCAUCGUGGAUCUGUUGCUGCGCAAUGGAGCCAAGGUGAAUAUCCGCGAUCAAUACGGCGUCUCGCCUUUACAAAUUGCCAAGCUGAAAGGCCACACUACCAUUGUAAAUACUUUAGAAACCCUGCAACAAAUCCAGCAAUGCAUGAAAUCGAGCAAAGAAUCCGACGAUGACGACGCUGCUGCACGAACGAAUUGGCACGGCAUUGAUACAGCCAUCAAUGGCUCGUACUCUGCCAGUGUUUGCAUCCCAGAUGAUAAAAGCUGCUAUGAAUUAUCGCUGUACCUGGGCGGACCAAUCGCAUCUUCAACGUUUACGCUCACUCCACCAUCAUCAUCAUCUGACCUUUCGCUGCCUGAAACUUCUUCUUCGGAAUCUACAUCUAUGACCACCAUGUCUUCCUCUACGGAUGGAGCGCGUGAAGAAGAGAACACCAAAGAUUAUUACGGUCAAGGUGUGGUUUUCCCUUAUCACGAGGACAAUUACUUGACUUCGUUGGAACGACGUUCGUAUGGCAUUGAGCCGCUCCUGUCCAGCCCUGCAGAUGAUUCCAAUGAUGUGGGAUACGUCCACCACAAAUCGUUACCGAUGUUGCCGCAACAGUUGGAAGCGAUGUGCACAAUUACGCAUAAACGAUCCAUAUCCGAUAAUGUACAACAGCUACGAACCCGCGCUUUGCGUAAUAUGAUGACGAAUAAUGGGAAGAUUACACCCCUGAGUUCUGGAAACCAAAAGAUGGAAUCUCUCCACCAACGUUGUGUUAAUGACGCACACACCAAGUUUCAUUCUCGACCUCACACUUCUCCAAAUCAUCGCCGUCGGCAGAGCCUUUGCGAUGUACGCCGCUUUACCCCUCUCAACGCCCUGUCAUUCUCCAGAGAUACAUCCUCGGACAAAGCCUUGUCAGAUUGCGAUUACGAUGCAACUUUCAAAAUUCGCAAAAGAAUUUUCAUCCCAAACUGGAUUAGCUGGUCAAAAUCCUGAAAUGCUUGUUCAAUUUUCUUCCCUUCCUUUCUCUCCCAAAAAUGUACAAAUCAUUCAGCAUCCCUAUCUUAUACGCACAUCCUCUGUAAUCAUUGUUCAUACACAUAUGUAACUAUUGUUCGUAAAUAUCCUUAGCAUAACAUCUCAAUAAAAACAAUUGUUUUCUUCUUCCAUCGGCAGCA